AGCCAGAAUCGCCUGGACUCUGGUCGCCGUCAUGGCGUCCUCCGCUUCGGCUCGGACUGCGUCUGGAAAGCGAGUGGUGAGCCAGGAAGAACUGCGGCGAUUGAUGAAGGAGAAACAGCGUCUGAGCAACAAUCGGAAACGGAUAGAAUCCCCAUUUGCGAAGUACAACCGUUUGGGGCAGCUGAGCUGUGUCCUGUGUAACACCCCGGUGAAGAGCGAGCUCCUGUGGCAGACUCACGUCCUGGGAAAGCAGCACCGAGAGAAAGUGGCCGAGCUGAAAGGGGCGAAGGAAGCCACCCAGGGUACGUCCGCCAGCUCCGCUCCUCAGUCCGCCAAGAGGAAGGCUCCCGACGCAGACUGCCAGGAUGUCAAGAGAGCCAAGUCUUCCUCGAUGCCUCAGGUACAGCCCUCCACGUCCGCUUUGCCCACCAACUUUGACAGAACAGUAAAGGAGUCCACUAGAGCGACUUCCAGUAAGCAUUUGGGACUCGGUUUGCUGCCUGAUUAUGAAGAUGAGGAGGAGGAGGAAGAGGAAGAGGAGGGAGGAGGAGAAAGAAAAAGGGAGGACGCCAGCAAGCCCGACGCACAGGGCAAGGAACACUCGCUUUCAUCCUCGCGGGAACUAACAAGUGGUGUGCUGUCAAACGAUUUGUUUAAUACAAAUCCUCCCAAGGCCCCCAUAAUUCCUCAUUCAGGGUCAAUCGAAAAAGCAGAAGUACAUGAAAAAGUGGUGGAAAGGAGAGAAAACACCGCGGAAGCAUUACCGGAAGGUUUUUUUGACGACCCUGAGGUAGAUGCAAAGGUACGAAAGGUUGAUGCCCCAAAGGAUCAGAUGGACAAGGAAUGGGACGAAUUUCAAAAAGCCAUGAGGCAGGUCAACACUAUUUCCGAAGCCAUAGUUGCUGAAGAGGAUGAGGAGGGACGGUUGGACCGCCAGAUUGGGGAGAUCGAUGAACAGAUAGAAUGUUACCGCCGAGUGGAAAAACUGCGGAAUCGCCAGGAUGAAAUAAAAAAUAAGCUUAAAGAGAUCCUUACCAUAAAAGAACUGCAGAAAAAGGAAGAGGAACAUACUGACAGCGAUGAUGAGGGAGAACUACAGGAUUUGUUGUCUCAGGAUUGGAGAGUGAAAGGGGCAUUGUUGUAACGUUUUAAAGACCUGAAAUUUCUUAUCAGAUCUGCUCUUGUAUAAAAAGUGUUGUCUUUCAGUAUAUUAGUCACUUCAUGCCUAGAGAUUUAAGUAUUUAACUGGAUUGUUUAGAUAAGAUGAGCCAGUGAGCUACAGAACUUUGGAAAGUGUAAAAUAUUUUUAAAGUAAAGUUGUUUUUGACAUUUUUGAAGUGUUGUAUACCAAAAUGCCAACUUUUUCACAACAGGCUUAACUAUAUAAUUUUGAGGUGUAAAAUCUGUAAGUUGUAAAUACUGUACAUAUUAAAUAUAUAUUUACUUAAUUCUGUUUUGAAACUUUUUACUAGAAGUCAGAUCAACAGACAGGCUUUUAGAUGAACACUCAGUGUGGAAUUGGGGAGUAUAUGUCUUUUUCUAACCCCUAAAUCAAG